AAUCCCACAAAAAAACAUCCCACCGAGCGUAUAAAAGACAAAUACCAUACCGCUUCUAAAGCACAGCGUUCCCAACGAAUUACGAUUCGUUAUAAAACUACAGUUACAUUGACUGAUUCGCCACUGUGAAAGCAGAGUGUAUGAGAUUCGCUGAGUCACCAUGUCACAUGGGGGCGGCCAGGAAUGUUUGUGAUAUUUCCAGCUGAUGAACUCAUUUUGAUGACAUACGGUCCCGCAAUACCGCGUCUAGCUUCACGACCAACACUCGAUUGCCUGCGCGAACCAGAAGUGCCCAUUGAAGUUCCACCAAGAUCAUUACCGCCAUCAUCCGCGGCCGCCAACGCCACUAGCACCGCUGCAACAAAUAACAAAAAACGAACAGCAAGCUUCAGUAGAAGUGCAACAAAAGCGGCCAACACCACCACUGCAGCAGCGCCCGAUUCAUCACCGAGGUCCGUCGUCAAUAGCGGCGAGCUCUCCGCUGCGCCAGUAUUCACCACCGCCUUCACUUACGAUCCCGCAGCGCCACCACAGUCGAACACAUCGCCAAUCGCCUCGAACUCUCUGCCACCGACUCCGAACCGGCGCACAUCGCGCACAUCCCUAACGCACUCUGCCUCGGCGGUGCCCAACCCAAACGCAACCCCCUCGAAACGCUCCAGUGAACGCAGCAACAAAAGCGCGCGUAGCUGGCAACAGCAGACACCACCCCGACAGCAGCCACUGCAGCCAUCGCCACAGUUUGCACCGAGUCUGCAGCAGCAACAGCAACUACUAUUACUACAGCAGCAACAAGAGCUGGAACAGCAACAGCAACAGCUUUUACUACAACAGCAGCAGCAGCAAGAAGAGCAGCUACUCAAGCAUCUGCAACUGCAGAAGCAGCAGCUGCAACAAAAGUUGAAGCAGAAUAAUAUUUCACCUCGCAACACUUUGCCCAAUACAACAACAACAACAAGCACACAGAUGCAGAACAAUGCGGCCGGCAGUUCACAGUCGCUGCAAGGCCGACCGGGUGGCCAAAGACCUACACUCGAGCGUAGCACAGCCGUGCGCGGCACAACACCGCAACGUGGUAUGACGCCACAGCGCGGUGCAACAUCGCAGCUCAGUCACGAAUAUGAUCAAAUGGAUGAGCAUGCUAGCGGCGGCGCAUCGCUUGGCAGUGGCGGCGGUCAGUUGGUCGGUGCGCGCGAUCGCAGCCCAAGCAUAUUUCUCGAGCCACCCUCACCUGAUCCGACCCAGAUCGUUUACGGCCCAGGUUGGGGUCGACCCAUGUCGCCUAUGAAUUUGCCACCUGAACCGAAACCCAAGUCGCCGACGCCGAGCAAAUCAUCACGUUUGCGUCCUAAAUUGCACCUACCACUCGGUCGCCUCGGUCGCUCUACCUCAACAGAUCAGCGUGAAUCAAAUCGGUUGAAGGAAGAUUUGCAACUACUUGUGGACAAUCCAGUAUUUAAUUGUGAAAAUUUACGGCAACGCAAUUUCGAUGCGUUCUUCGAAUCGGGCGAACCAAAGUAUAAGUUGCAGCCGAAGACGCCGAACUCGGCGCCGACGGGGUCGCUGUCUAGCGCCAGUAGCCAGUAUUCGCCACAAAUGGAACCGCGCAGCCGUGAAGGCGGUGGUGGACUGUUUGCGCCCUCGCCCAAUGAAGGAAAGAUGGCAAUGAACUCGCGCCAGCGCUCCGCCGACCAGCCUGAGAUGCCGAGUCGCGACAGACGUGCGGCGUCCGUUAGUAGUGGUGUUGUGCCCCAGAAAGAUUCUUCAGCAAAAUCUUCAAGUGGUCGAAAAAGUCGUAGAUUUUUUGGGUGGAGGGGACCACGUGGUGGUUCCCUUGGCCCACGGGCCGGUAUGGCUUCCUAUAAUGGAGUGCUAAAGGAUUACGGACACAGCAGUUUGAAUGAGGCUUUCAAAUCCCAAAACAAUGUCAACUUUAAGUUAAUCAAAACAGUAUCUGAUUUUACCGAAACCCUUUCCCAUUUAUACGAGGAACAUGCAACUGCCCUACAAACUUUAGUCUCCAAUUUUCGUAAAAAGAAUGCAGAACUUCGCAAAGAAAGACCCGCCUGCCAUCAGGCAAUUUUCCAAGCAUGGGAAACAUUCCUACAGGAGGUCGAAACCGAUUCUCAGGCAUCAAACGAUGUGGCCAACGUGCUUUCACGUCAGGUGUCACGUCCAAUGCUCGAUAAAUCCUUUCAUCGUAAAGUUCAAAGUCGGAAAAUUUUCACACACAGGGAGUCUUUUGAGACUAUUAUCGCAAAGACUGAAGAGAAGCUGUCGAAGUGUCGUUUGGAUUAUAAACAAUGCUACAUAUCGCAUCGUCAAAAUCCCACGCAACUUUCACUCACCGAAUACAUUGAUGCCCACAAUGCGUACGUGCAACAGUUGCAUGCCACCAAUGCCAUGCUGGAGACAUACCAUUGUGAGACGGUGCCGCAAUUGAUGCAAGAACUGGAGGAGAUACACAAUGAUUUAUGCAGUAUUAUCGCCGAAUCGAUACUACAGGGUGCCGAUGUUAUUGCGAAUAAGGCUACAGUGCAAGCGAAGCGUUAUAGCUCACUCACUAUACAAUGCAGCUCAGUGUCAGCGGCGCAGGACCUCACAAAUUUCGUACGCAUUCUGCCGCUGCCAUCGCAGGCGCAAAAAGUUCCUAAGCGCAUUUUUGCACCGCCACAACCACCGGGCGAGGUCGACGAUACGGGGGAUUUCAAUGAGAUGGCUCCCAUUUUGCGCAACGAGCUGGUCUUCGAUCGUCAUUCAACAUUAGCACUGCGACCAGCACUGGAAUCACUGAAGCGAGAGGCGAAUGAUUUGGAAAUGCAAAUACGUUUAUUACAGGAUACCGUGGAUGGUUUGAAUCGCACGCAGCAACGUGGCAUCGAGGGUCAACUCUACAACAAGGUCAACGAGCUACAGGAGGACUUGUCUUUGAAAAAGUUUGAUUUGCGAGCUAAGCAAUUACAUUUUGCCGCCAUUAAAGCGCAGAAAGAUUUGUACGUGAGUAAAGUUGAUCCGGGUUCGCCACGCGCCGAGCGUAAACUUUCAGCCGCGACCGCGCCAUCGAUGAAAACAAAGUGGCUGAAAGCAUUUAGAAGCCUAAAGCCGGCUUCCGGUUCAGCACCAGCCGAUAGUCAACCACGUCCAAAUCAAAUGUAUCACGCCGUCUCAACUGUUUUGACCUUAAGGCGCAAUGGAGCCGCCGGUUCAUCGUCACAACCACUGCGUCCCAACGAGGAUGGCAGUCAUCAUUUGCAGGAGUAUACGUACAAAAAGAUAACCGCCUGCGAUGUUUGCUCACAAAUCUUAAGAGGCCACACACGUCAGGGAUUACGCUGUCGCAUUUGUAAACUAAAUGCGCACGGUGAUUGCGCUUCACAACUGCCCCGCUGCCAGCCUAAACAAAAAUUACUGCGACGACAGAAAAGCACAUCGGAGCUGGAGAAUCGUGUCGAUGUCGAGGAAGAAACUCCGCAUUCGCCGCGUCGACAAAAGUUGAAUUUGCGCAUGAAAUCUCUAAGCUUGGACUCACCGGAAUCAACGGAAUUACACGGUCAAAUACGUCGGCGUCAGCAGCCGGUCAUUGGUCCAACAACUGUUGUUGGUGGCGGCAGUGGAUAUUAUCAUAGCGGUUCCGGUGGACACUUGGAGCACAGUACGCCGCCAUCAAAUAAUAGCCGUUUGCAUUCAUUCAAACGUGCAUUUACAGCGCCUUCCAGCCCCUCACAUCAGGGUCGCAAAUUGCUUUAUGCCACGCGCGGCAUGCGCGGUGGCAGCGUCGAUCUGCCAGACGAGAUGGAGAAAUCGCAGUCAUCGGCGAGCACCUCACCAUGCCCCUCACCCGUAAGGCAAUUUCAGAAAUCUCACCGUUUAUUGCCAACGAAUUUGUACGUCAUUUUAUACAACUUCAAAGCGCGGCACGCCGAUGAGUUGGACUUGAAAGCUGGUUAUAAGGUUACCGUCAUCGACACCUCUGAUCCAGAUUGGUGGCAAGGUAAGCUGCUGGGCCGCGUCGGUUACUUUCCAUCCAAAUAUUGUGUACGACUGAACGCCAAUGAGAAACCGUUACAAGUUACACAUAAUUUGCAAGUGUCAGAUGGUGAGCGAGGAGAAAACAUGACGCUACUGAGAGAUCAAAUCGUUAUACAGACUGGCGAUGAGGUCAACGGUAUGGUGAUGGUACGCUCUGCAGACAAUCGUCAGGGAUACUGUCCCGUCAAGUACCUGCAAGAGGUGUGACAGCCAAAAGAGCCGCCAGCUGAACGUGACAAGCCGCAGAAGUCUUCGCUGUCAUCAAAACUUUUAGAUAAAACGAAACGUAGAAUAAGAAUUGUUGUAUCCGAGAAUGGUGGCAGUGGCUACAAUAAUUUGAGCCGCGAACCGAGCGCUCCUCCUGCCGAACAUGAA